AUGGAUGGUGCCGGUGAUGUUGAUGUUGAUGAUGAAGAUGAAUACAUCGAGCUGAAUGAGGAUGGAGUAAUUGGGAAUGCGACCGCGGUACAUGAUGGUCCUGUAUACAUCUGUCUCGCCGAGAACUACGAUUACUGGUGCGCAGAGCUUGGCGUUGAUCGGUCAGAAUGGGACUGGUGUCACUGGGGAGAGAACAUCACCUUCAGGUGUACAGAUAAAACCCUGACCAAAUCUGACUUUCGAUUGGGAGAUAUAUGGAGAGUCGGCAGAAAUAUUCGCUUACAAGUCUGUGGAUCUCGCAUCCCUUGUAUGAAGCUAUCGUGGAGAUGCGGGCAGAAAGACUCGUGGCUCAAAACUCUGUCCAAUACUGGCCAGGUGGGUGUCUACUUGAGAGUUCUCAGCAAGGGUCCUGGUAAUCGUGCGGUUCGAGAAUCAUCAUCAGGGGAUAGUAUAGAUGCGGCAACCAUUACUCGACUGGCCUUCGACUCUGACCUCAAGACUCGCGACACUCUAAACUUAUUGGCAAACCAUGACGUUCUCCGCCGCUUGAACCGAUCGAUAAUCAAGCGAAAGCUGGCCGGUAUUAAUGAUGACGCGAUAUCCGCAGCUGGAGUAUCUCAGACUGGCCAGGUCGGAUCCAGCCUAAGCACUAUCGCAUUAGCAUCAAAGACGCAGGGCGUGCAUCCUCGUGGAUGUGCAAUGAAUGUGGAGUGGGAACAAGUCGUUCUGGAUUGGUCACAGGCUGUAACCCCACGACAACUGUAUUUGUCUGCUGGGAUUGGCAUCACGCCUAUACUUGCCAUGAUGAAGGCUCAUGCCAACCAUCCUAAUAUGAAUGUUGUACCAGGUAUCUGGAUCCAUGUCGUCAAAGACGGGAGAGGUCUGCAGUUUCACAGCGAGUUCUGCAAGAUUGAGAACAACCCUAUCAGGAGGUUUGUUUUCAUGACGCAGCCUCGUGACAUUGACGUACGAGGAAGGGACUACGAUGUCUUGGGAAGGCCAAGCUUGGAUUCAAUGGCAGAACUACUGGGAGAGACGUACAAGUUCAACCCGUUUGGGACCACUGCAAUGGAUCUACCAUCCAAGUUCUCGGCGGCAUAUAUCUGCGGCCCUAAAGACUUUGAGACGACCAUGAAGAGUCUUCUUCUAAGUUGCAACAUUCCUCCGCCGUUCAUCCAUAGUGAGAGCUUUUCAGCCUCUGGCCACACUAUAGGAGACGUGGAGAAAGCUACAGUCCGGUUCGCCAAGUCUGGCAAGACGGCUCACUGGAAGAAGGACGAGUCAAUGUCACUGCUGGAACUCACAGAGUCUGUUGGUAUGGCUCCCGAUUACGGCUGCCGCGUAGGUGCUUGUGGAAGCUGCGUCGCAAAAGUAGCUUGCGGCUCAGUUUCGGGAGGACUUCAAAUGGAUGGAUGUAUAUUGACGUGCUCGGCGGUUCCUACGUCAGAAUUUAUCGAGGUUGAGCUCUAA